GAGUCAUUGUAGGAAGGCACGACAAUCACGGAAGUCCUUGCUGUAAUUCCUUUAACUGACAGGCCGAAGAACCAAUCGAGUUGUCGUAUUGACACGUUUCAGGUUGAGGAGGCGGGACUUAGCGUGGCUCUUGUGUGUUGGUUUGACGAAGCAAAUUCAUUUUUCGCUACUGUCAGUCGGAGUGAAGAUAAUCUGUAAAAAUGUCUAAUACGACUGGAAAAGACGGCGAUGGAGGAAGUGUUGCUAGUCACCACACAACCACAACAGACAGCACGGCAUGCAGACAGAAUUUAACAGAGACUGAUUAUUACAAAAGCACAUUAUCUUUGGAUCCUGCAGAGGAGUACAAGAUGAACAAUAAACGGCGAGGGCUGGCACUCAUUUUUAAUCAAGAGCACUUCUUCUGGCGUCUGGGUAUGCCCACCAGACAUGGAACCAAUGCUGACCGCUAUAAUUUAGAGAAAAGACUGACAGCACUGAACUUUGAAGUCAAGGCUUAUGAUAACUACAAACAGGUAGAAGUCUUGGACAAAAUCAGUGAAGCUGCAGAGGCCAAUCAUUCAGACGCAGACUGCUUUCUGCUCGUCUUCCUGAGCCACGGUGAACAAGAUCACGUUUACACGUACGAUGGCAAGAUCAGCAUUCAGGACAUUACAUCCUUGUUCAAAGGAGACAAGUGUAGAAGCCUUGUAGGAAAACCAAAGAUCUUUAUAUUACAGGCGUGUCGUGGUGAUAAGCAUGACGAUCCAGUGACGGCCUGUGAUGCUGUGGAUAGUGAGCUGAAGACAAAUGAGGUGGUGGUAGAUGCCAGUGCUGUUCACACACUCCCUGCUGGAGCUGACUUCAUCAUGUGCUACUCAGUGGCUGAAGGUUACUUUUCCCACCGAGAGACCAUCAAUGGCUCCUGGUACAUCCAGGAUCUGUGUGAGCUGCUGCAGAAGUACGGCGAUUCCUUGGAAUUCACAGAGUUACUCACACUUGUGAACAGGAAAGUGUCAAUGAGGAGUGUUGGAAACUCUAAUGACCGCAAUGCCAUUGGGAAGAAACAAGUGCCUUGCUUUGCUUCGAUGCUCACCAAGAAACUGUACUUCAGGUCAAAACAGUAACAGUUUCAAACCAAUGACAGGUUUGUUUCAUGUCAGUGCCUGUGAAUCAAUGUAGCUACAAUUAUUUCACUUGCCCUCUUAAAUACUGUGUAUGUAAAUACUCAUUGUAUUUACAUGUAUGUGCAUACAUACAGUUACAUUACAACUACAAUAAUAAGCUCAUGCAUUUUAUGCAUUAGAAAGAAACAAUCGUGUAGGUUACAAUGCUUGAGUUAAGGAAUAGGCAGUCAUUUCAUUACAGUUUUUUUCUUAAAGAACAAAUAUUCAUAUGACAGAUUAAAGUUGUCUGACCAGCAUUUUUUCUGCAUAAUCUUGUUACUUCUGUUGAUAUAAACACAGACAUUUUACCUGUCAUGAAAUACUUCCAAAUUACACCCCCAUAUUGAAAAGUCAAUACUGCCUAAGCUCAGACACUAAUACAGUCACGGAAAAAAAUGAUUAGACCACUCUUGUUUUCUUCAAUUUCUUGUUCAUUUUCAUGCCUGGUACAACUAAAGGUACAUUUGUUUGGACAAAUACAAUGAUAACAAGAAAAAUAG